CUCGUCUCCUCCAGCAGUGGAAGACGGUUUGAGACAUCAUGAAUCGCCUUAUUCUUGUGACUGUGGCUGUGGUGGCCAUGGCUUAUGUGGCGGCAGCUGGCGGAAGUUAUGGUGGAGGUGGUAGAGGAGGCGGAGGUGGAGGAGGAUUCGGCAGUGGUGGGAGAGGAGGAGGAGGUGGAUUCGGUGGACACAGGUUUGGUGGAGGUGGAUUUGGCGGUAGUGGUGGUGGAUUUGGAGGUAGUGGAGGUGGAUUCAGCGGCGGCCGAGGUGGUGGUGGAUAUGGCGGAAGUGGAGGCCGAGGUGGAGGCGGAAGCGUAAACCGUGGAGUUCUGAUCGGCGUAGGUAGGCUGUCUGGAGGUGGCGGUGGAUUCGGCGGUGGAGGAUUCGGAGGCGGCACCGGAGGUGGUGGAUUCGGUGGCGGUGGAUUCGGAGGCAGCGGCGGAGGCUUCGGCGGUAGCGGAUUCGGCGGAGGUGCGGGUGGAGGAAGAGGACGCGGCAGUUACGGAAAGUAAGAUGAACUCAGUCUCCAUCUAACUAGAGUAGAUUCUCUUCUAAGAUGUAAUGAAAUUCACCGAAUACACUGAAUAAUCUUCCAUGUAUGUAUUAUAAAUUUGUCCUC